AUGUUCUUGAGCUACUUCGGUCUUGGUGCGGCGUCAACUAUUGCGACAAAUUCCUAUGGACCUAUUAAUGAUACUGAUCUAUCAAACGCUCAAGUGGAAAAGUAAGUGUCUUCUCGCGGGACCAAUAUCCAGGUGUUGCAACUUCACUCACAAAACCGGCUAGAGUCAAUGCCACCCCUCUCAACGACAAUAGCCCUGAAGGGUUUUUACUCCUAUUGAACCUAUUCCAUCCCUUGAGGGAUGCCUUGCGGGAGACUGAUCCAUUAUACAUCACUCCUUUUGGUAUAUCCAGCGCCUGCCAGUACGCAACCGAGUUCCAACUCAUCGGAGACCAGCUGCAUGCGGGCAAACACAUAGUUUCCACCGAGCCCGGCAUACAGAGUCAGCCAUUAUUAGGGGGGUCCUCGAAUGGAACUAUCGCCAGUGGAUUCGUCCGGGAUGGCGAUGAACUGCAAUGGUUCAGUUCGGAUUUUGCAUCUCCUACAGCUCUCUUUUGUCUAUCCAAUUCAAACGUUGUUUUUGCCGUCUUCGAUACCUCUAGGCUAUCCAACGAGUGCAUUCGAAUUCGCCUUGGACUAGUUCCUCGUAAGCAUGACCAUUCUGAAAUGUUCUCGUGGAAUUUUCUAACGCAAUACAGUGUCUCGAUGCUUGCAGAAACGUCCAGUUACUACCGCCUCCGUAUCACAGACACAACUAGGGGCUAGAGAUGCGAAGCCAUCAGCGCAUAUAAUUACUCAUCCUUUGGAGGCCCGCAGUAUAGAGGGCAAUAGCUGCCCAGAUUUUCGUGGAGCCUAUUUGAUUAUUCCUUUCGGGUCAUCAGGGGAGCUGGGACUCCCCGGGCCUAGUCCACCAGGACAGCCAGUCAACAGCUACGAAAGUCCAGCCAGUCGUCUCAGCUCUGGCUCCCAAGGGCUCGGUGAAGAUGGAAGUCCCAGGGCACCAGACUCAGCAGUAUUUCCUUUGAGACAAGGUCAACCGGCAAUUCCUGGUUCAAGGGAGCAAAUCGCCAAGGCCGAGAGCCCUAGCUCACCAGAUUCAUCUAGAUUAUCGGCAGUACAAGGAACUUCAACACCGCAAAGCGUACAAGUUAUCCAAGUGUUACAGGGCACACCGGGUGAACCAGGAAAAGACGGGGCUCCAGGCAGAGACGGCAGAGAUGGCAAAAAUGGUCUACCAGGUAAAGAUGGUGCACCAGGAAGGGACGGAGCCCCAGGCAGAGACGGCAAAAACGGUACAGCGGGCAGAGAUGGUACACCAGGGCGGGAUGGUAGAACCGGUACAGCAGGUAGAGAUGGUAUGCCAGGAAGGGACGGAGCCCCAGGCAGAGAUGGCAAAAACGGUACACCGGGCAGAGAUGGUGCACCAGGUAGAGAUGGUCAAAAAGGGGAACCGGGGCCACAAGGCUUACAAGGUCUCCCAGGCGCAAAAGGAGACCAAGGUGCUAAAGGAGACCAAGGUGCUAAAGGAGAUCAAGGCGGCCCGGGACCACAAGGUCAGAAAGGCGAGAAGGGAGAGCAAGGUCUCCAAGGCCAACAAGGAGUCCCCGGUGAGCAAGGCUUAAAAGGCGAACCGGGUUCGCAAGGUUUGCAAGGUCUCCCAGGCGAGAAGGGAGAUCAAGGUGACCCAGGACUACAAGGCCAGCAAGGCGAGAAGGGGGAGCAAGGAGAGCCUGGGUUGCAAGGCUUACCAGGUGAAUCGGGACCCCAGGGCCUCCAAGGCCUCCAAGGAGAAGCUGGACCACAGGGGCCUCAAGGUAUACCAGGCAAUCAAGGGCAACAAGGCGCGCAGGGCAUAGAAGGCCCCCAAGGACCGAAAGGUGAUUCAGCCGGAUACACAACAAACUAUGGCUAUCUCGGUUGUUACCUUGCCAGUCAAGAUGACAAGUACGGGCUAGACCCCGUUACGGGUCAGACUGUACUCACAUCACUCGACGACUGCGCAGCCUUCUGUGCUGGGCAACCUGGUGGCCCGACCCUUUACCUCUCUCUUGGCACAAGUGGGACGGGGCAGUCGAUUUGUACAUGCGGAAACGUGCUCAAUGCCUUCCAAUAUACCCAUCUCGGUAUUAACUACCAGUGUUCCACUCCUUGUAAUGUGGUUACUGGCCCGGAAGCCAAUUGUGGUGGGGAAUACGGCGAUUAUCCUGUGGUUUCACUCUUUGGCCGAAUAUAG